AUGAAAUUAAUUCAAAUAAUUUGUGCACUUUUAGUUUUAACAGCAAUUGCAUCAGCAAGUGUUUCAAAUCGUGAUUGUUCACUUGAUACUAAAGUAAUAGGAUCAUGGAAACAAGAUGGUAUUACAAUUACUCAAUAUUCAAUUACCAUUGAAAAUCAUACAAAUAAAAUAAUUAAAUCAAUUCAUAUCGCAACUGAUCGUACUCUAACUUUAAGAGAUAGUUCAUCAAUUUGGAAUAUGGAAAAACAUUCAAAUGAAUUAACCUUACCAGCUGGUCAAUCAACUAUUGCCGCACAUAGCUCUCAUACUUUUUAUUGUAUCUUAAAUGGUACCACCCGUCCAAAUCUUUAUAUUAAAUCAAUUUCCUUUUAA